CGGCUGAAGCAGCGGGGAUGAUGUCGGUGCGGGUGGCGGCCCCGCCGGCCGUGGAGCUGAAGGAGCUGGGCGGGCCUCUCGACAAGGCCGGAGGCGGCGGCGGCGGCGGAGGAGGAGGCGGCGGCGCGGCUACGGCUACUCCCGGCGCCGGGCCCUGCGCAUCUCUGCCGCCCGCCGCCGCCGCCGCCUCUCCAUCGCCCGUCCCGGCUUCGGCGCCGGCGCCGGCGCCUCCUCCUCAAGCCGAGCCUGGCGCACCGGCGGCCCCCAAAGCGCCUCAGGCUUCGGUCCUGAAGCGCAGCGAGCCGCCUCCCGCCUCGUCCUCUCAGGCCCAGCAGCCGCCUCGCCUGGCCGGCGACGGGGGAGACAGCGGGGGCGCGGCAGGGCAGCUCGGCGAGGCCCUGGUCAGCCCCGACGGCACCGUCACGGAGGCCCCCCGCACCGUCAAGAAGAUCCAGUUUGCUGACCAAAAGCAGGAAUUCAACAAGCGCCCCACAAAGAUUGGUCGCCGUUCGCUGUCCCGAUCCAUCUCUCAAUCAUCAACGGAUAGUUACAGCUCUGCUGCCUCCUACACAGACAGCUCCGAUGAUGAGACCUCCCCCCGGGACAAGCAGCAGAAGAGCUCCAAAGGCAGCAGUGACUUCUGUGUGAAAAACAUCAAGCAGGCUGAAUUUGGGCGCCGGGAAAUAGAAAUUGCCGAACAAGAAAUGCCUGCGCUCAUGGCUUUGAGGAAACGAGCUCAGGGAGAGAAGCCAUUGGCUGGAGCCAAGAUCGUGGGCUGCACGCACAUCACGGCCCAGACUGCUGUUCUCAUGGAAACCCUAGGUGCCUUGGGUGCUCAGUGCCGAUGGGCUGCCUGCAACAUCUACUCCACCCUCAACGAAGUGGCUGCUGCCCUGGCUGAGAGCGGAUUCCCUGUCUUUGCCUGGAAGGGAGAAUCCGAGGACGACUUCUGGUGGUGUAUCGAUCGCUGUGUCAACGUUGAAGGCUGGCAGCCAAACAUGAUCUUGGACGACGGUGGGGACCUCACACACUGGAUCUAUAAGAAGUACCCCAACAUGUUUAAGAAGAUCAAGGGGAUUGUGGAGGAGAGUGUUACUGGUGUUCAUAGAUUGUACCAGCUAUCAAAGGCAGGCAAGCUGUGUGUCCCGGCUAUGAAUGUCAACGACUCGGUCACCAAGCAGAAGUUUGACAACCUGUACUGCUGCCGGGAAUCCAUUCUAGAUGGCCUUAAAAGGACCACCGAUAUGAUGUUUGGAGGGAAGCAAGUGGUCGUCUGUGGCUAUGGAGAGGUUGGGAAGGGCUGCUGUGCCGCACUGAAGGCCAUGGGCUCCAUAGUGUACGUGACGGAGAUUGACCCCAUUUGUGCCCUACAAGCCUGCAUGGAUGGCUUCCGUCUCGUGAAACUCAACGAAGUGAUUCGGCAAGUCGACAUUGUUAUCACCUGCACAGGCAACAAAAACGUAGUGACCAGAGAACAUCUUGACCGAAUGAAGAACAGUUGUAUUGUUUGUAACAUGGGACAUUCCAACACUGAAAUCGACGUGGCUAGCUUGCGUACACCUGAGCUGACGUGGGAGAGGGUGAGGUCCCAGGUAGACCACGUCAUUUGGCCUGACGGGAAGAGGAUAGUUCUGCUGGCAGAGGGACGCCUGCUGAACCUCAGCUGUUCCACCGUUCCAACCUUUGUGCUGUCCAUCACAGCAACUACCCAGGCUCUCGCCUUGAUAGAGCUCUACAACGCCCCAGAGGGACGCUACAAGCAGGACGUCUACCUGCUGCCUAAAAAAAUGGAUGAGUAUGUGGCAAGUCUUCAUCUCCCAACAUUUGACGCACACCUGACGGAGCUUACAGAUGAGCAAGCGAAAUACUUGGGGCUAAAUAAAAACGGGCCAUUCAAACCAAACUACUACAGGUAUUAAUUUCCUGUGGCUGUAGCUGGAAGGAAGGGGAGGAACAAGAACCCCGCGGCCUCUCUCGGCUACUGUACAGGACAAACCAGUACAAGCUUCUCAAGUUAGAACCAGGCUUGCUGCCGUAGUACACAGUGUGUUAGGUUAUUUAUUUAUUAAACUAGAAUACUGUAAA